CUAGCGUGUUAGCACAUCAUGAAGUAAUACCCGUUCGUCAACCUUUUCUCCAUCUUUUCGUUAGCGCAUUCCAGUUACAAUUUUUCUCCAUGUUUGUCUUGCUUCAUUCAUUGUUUCCUUUGCUAUCUUUUUGCAUUUCAAAUUGUUAGAUUUAAUUUAACCUUAUCGAUAUUAUGGCCCCGCAGACUAGUAUUCCGGUGGCAGCGAAUGUUCUUGGUACAAUAGGGACAGGUUGUUGGUGUGUGCAAUUGAUUCCACAAAUAUGGACAAACUACAGGACGAAGAAUACCGAGGGUCUUCCAGGCAUUAUGAUGUUCUUGUGGGCAAUAUGUGCUGUACCAUUUGGAGCAUACUCAAUCACUCAAAAUUUCAACAUCCCGAUUCAAGUUCAGCCUCAAUGUUUUGGCACCUUCUGCCUCAUCAGUUGGGCGCAGACUUUGAUCUAUCAUGAUAAAUGGCCCGUUUGGAAGGCGUCCACAUUGGGGUUCGUUGUCUGGGCCCUUUUUGGUGGGGCUGAGGCUGCUCUAAUUUUAACCUUGAGGCCACUGUACGACAGGGGGAUAGACUUUCCAAUGAUCAUCCUAGGUGUCAUAGCGAGUAUACUCCUCGCCUUGGGCCUACUUCCACCUUACCUAGAAAUCUGGAAACGUCGCGGAAGAGUCAUUGGCAUCAACUGGAUCUUCCUCACCAUCGACUGGUCAGGUGCAUUCUUCUCUCUCAUGGCUCUAGUGGCUCAAAACACUUUUGACGUUCUAGGAGGUGUCCUCUACAUCAUCUGUGUCAUUCUCGAAGCGGGCAUCUUCGUGUGCCAUCUAAUCUGGAUGUUCCGAACUCGUAAGAUUCGUGCGCACGCGAAGUCAGAAGGGAAGACGUUCGAUGAUAUUGCGAAAGAGUGCGAGGAGCAAGAUGGCGAGUUCAAAUUUGCUGAGCGUGAGAUCAAAAUCCAUGGUAGGAGGAAGAAGGAUGAUGCAAGCAAGGUUUCGCUAGGGGAUGUUGAGGUUGAGAAGAUUUGAAAAGUACAGGUUAAGCCCUGUUUGCACGGCCGCUAAUGAGACUUGAGUGAUCGAGAGGAAGCAAAAUCCCAAGCAACAUUUGGUCAUCUAGACCCAAUGCACGUCCUCCACCGACGUCCCGCAUUUGUGCACAUGAUUCUCCCUUUACGGAUUCAGCUUUGCCAUAUGCCGUAACCUUUUCGCUGGGAAAUUGUCGGAACUUGGCAAAUGCUAGGCUCGCGGUCAAACAAUAUGGCGACCACAGACAACGAAAAGUGAGGGGUACUUUGUCUGGGAGGAUUUGUGAAUAGAUGUUGGCCGUUGUCGAGGAUUUAUGUUCUAGCUUGCCGGUAGACAUCGGCGAAAACUGAAGAGUGUGUCGUCUGCAAAAGUAUCGUACAUCUCGCCCGCAAUCUAAA